AUGCCGGUGUUAAUUAAAGCUUUCUCCUCGUCAUUUCUGUCAGGCGUAGAGAAUGCCGUCUUCUCCGUCGUGUCGGACAACGUAGACGGGUUGAUUAAACCUGGUAGCAAUGUGACCAUCCAAUGUUGUUUAGACCCUACCGACCUGUUGCCAGGUGACAUCAGCGCCUACUGGACGUGCGAGGGCUCUCUCACAAUCCCGCCCUUGUUUGAGAGUGUGCAGUGGAUUGUCUUCAUAGAACCCGUAGAAUUCUCUUCCAGCCAGAAACAGUGUAAGUACCAAUUCAAUGACAUCUCAAGAGGCAGUGUCAGCACCAAUGAAAUCACAUCCUCAAGAGACAGUGUCAGAACUAAUGCAAUGACAUCCUCAAGAGACAGUGUCAGUACCAAUGCAAUGACAUCCUAA